AAAUGAUUUUUUAUAAUGUCGAAACGCACAUCUUACGAGGCAGAAUGUGCCUUUAUAGAACCAUACCCAUUAGCUAAACACAUGUAUCGCGUCAAAAAGGGCUUCGUACCCGGUAUGAACGUAGAAGGCUACGUAUUUGCCAAUGAAAAGCUAUCUAAGCUAUUGUUUCAAGAACUAGAACAAUAUACAGCCGAUUCAGGUACAUUUCUACCGGCAUUAAAGCAACUUGCCAACGUAGCAGCCUUGCCAGGCAUAGUCAAGGGAAGCAUAGCUCUGCCUGAUGCACAUUCAGGUUAUGGAUUCUCCAUAGGAAAUGUGGCAGCGUUUGAUAUGAAUAACCCAGAGGCGGUUGUAUCACCAGGGGGAGUAGGAUUCGACAUCAAUUGCGGAGUCAGAUUACUACGAACUAAUCUGACUUUAAAUGAUGUGACACCUGUGAAGGAGCAGCUAGUGCAGUCAAUAUUUGACCAUAUACCUGUAGGAGUGGGAUCACAGGGUAUCAUACCAUGUACCAACGCAGCCCUUAACGAUAUAUUGGAAUAUGGAAUGGAUUGGACUGUGGCUCAAGGAUACUCGUGGGCAGAAGAUAAAGAACAUUGCGAAGAGUUUGGAAGGAUGAUACAAGCUGAUUCUACUAUGGUGUCAUCAAGAGCUAAAAAAAGAGGUUUACCCCAAAUGGGUACUUUAGGAGCAGGCAACCAUUAUGCAGAAGUACAGGUCGUAGAAGAAGUGUACGAUAAACUUGCAGCAAAGGCCAUGGGCAUACACGAAGUUAAUCAAAUAUGCGUCAUGAUACACUCUGGUAGUAGAGGUUUGGGACACCAGGUAGCAACAGAUGCGUUACUGCAUAUGGAAGCAUCGCCCAGUGCAUCAAGCAUUAAGGUAUUAGACAAGCAAUUGUCAUGUGCAAAGAUCAACUCUCCGGAAGGUAUCAACUAUCUAAAGGCAAUGGCCGCAGCCUCUAACUACGCAUGGGUCAAUAGAAGCGCUAUCACGUUCCUCAUGAGGCAAGCAUUCUCCAAAACGUUCGGCGAAACUCCUGACGAUCUUGAUAUGCACCUCAUUUAUGACGUAUCGCAUAACAUCGCAAAGGUUGAAGAACAUAUGGUAGAUGGGCAAUGUCAGACCCUCCUGGUACAUAGAAAAGGGUCAACAAGAGCCUUCGGGCCGCUCCACCCAUUAGUGCCAGCGGAUUACCAGCUAAUAGGGCAACCGGUGCUUGUCGGUGGCACUAUGGGCACAUGCUCGUAUGUCUUAACGGGUACAGAACUGGCUAUGGACCUCACCUUCGGUUCAACCUGUCAUGGAGCAGGACGUGCCCUUAGCAGAAACAAAAGCAGAUGUACUCUAGAUUACAAAGACGUACUUAACAAGCUGUAUGACAAGGGGAUAUCAAUUCGAGUGGCUUCACCGAACCUCAUUUCAGAAGAAGCACCGGAAUCCUAUAAGGAUGUCACCGAUGUUGUACAAACGUGUCAUGAAGCUGGAAUCUCAAAGAAAUGCGUUAAGCUAAGGCCAAUAGCCGUCAUAAAAGGCUGACUAUGAUUCUACGUAAUGAAACAGCUACACAUAGUAACCAC